UAGCAGUCAGUCUCACAACGAUUCUGAAGAGGCCUCUGACUGAAGACUGUCGCCGCAUGUCAUUUGACUGUUAUUACAUGCUAACAUCUUAAUUUCAAGGGCAGCAGAGAUUAUAUUUGACAGUAAAAAUGUCCUGGAUGAAAAGAGCAGUUGUUGGCUAGCUCUGCUAAUCCAACUUGUUUGCUUUUGCUGCUCCUCUUUAAAUCUGUUUCUGGCUGUAAUUGAUUAAGAGUAGUUUAAGCUAUUGCCAUAAAAGUUGAGUUUAUUUGAAGCUUGUCUACAUUGUUUCCCUGAAGGUAAGCCGUUCUGCACAACGCUAAUGCUAAAACAAAUUUAAUGUCUCCGUUGAAUCUUUUCACAGCUUUUAGACGUUCAGAUGUACCAAAAAGUGACUGAUGUUGCUGUUUCCCCUCAGAAAAGAUACUCUGAUAUCCUGGAGGAGCAGAAGGAUUUACAGCUCUCCAUUAAGGACCGACAAGAUAUCACCCAAAAGUUCAAGCAACGCACAGAAAAAGUGACGGAGGGUCUGAGAAAAGACCAGAUCGCCUUCGAAGAACAGAUCACAGCUGAAAAGGCCAGGUUGGACGCCCUGAAGCAGGAGGACUGCGAACUCCAGGAGGAGUUACAGAGAAUCCAGGCUGAAAUCAAGAAGGAAGAUUCCCAAAACGCCCAACUGAAGGAGCGAGCGGACGUGUUCUCCAAGAUGCCGGAGAAGAAUUUCGUCUUCACUGGGAAGACGGGAAAGGCCGAAGACGUGGAGGAGUUUGAGAUGAAGCCGUACAUCAGGUACCCGAUGGAAGAGGGAACGGCGCUCAUCACGUUCGAGGAGGAGGACGUGGCGACGAAUAUUCUGGAAAAGAAGAGACAUAAGGUGGAUCUGGGAGGAGAGUGCCGCAUCAUAGUGGAGGCCCAGCCGGUUCACCUGCUGAUGCCCAGCCUGGUGGAGAUCGACACAGACAUCUGUCCUCACCGGAUUUUGGUGUCCAACCUGCCCAACAUGGACACGGAGAUGCUGCUGAGCAAACUGGAAAUCCACUUCUCCAAGUCCAAAAAUGGAGGCGGCGAGGUGGACUCCUGCGACUUCCUGCCGGACUCGGGGACGGUGGUCAUCGCGUUCGUGAUGGAGAACAUUGCAGAACAUUUGGCAGUACAAGAACACCAUAAAAUAGAUUUCAACAAAAACAAGCACACAGUGAGAGUGACGCCUUUCGUAAACGGAAAAAUCACAAACUUGAAGACCCAGACCUCCAUGUGCCCUCGGACCGUCCUGCUGACGGGAAUCCCGGACGUCAUGGACCGGGAGACGAUGCAGGACAUGCUGGAGAUCCACUUCCAGAAAAACGGCAACGACGGCGGCGAGAUCGAAGCCUUCCUGUACAACCCGCUGGGCCAGCAGACCCUGGCGCUGUUCGGCAGCGCCACCCCAGAACCUGAAGAGGAGUAGAAGAUCCGGCUGCUCCGAACUGACCGCCAGACAAACAUCUGCACUCUGUUUCUGAUGGCCCUCAGCCGAACUCUGUUCUGUUAUUUGUUGUUUUGGGAAUAAUCGGAAUGGUGAACGGUGCGUAACGUCAUGGUUUAGGAAACUGAAAGUCGAUCUAAUUUAGAUUCCCAGAUGAAAAUUAUUGUAAGUUUUAUCUAUAUUAGGCCUGUAACAAACGACUAAUGGAUUAUUCAGACGAUUAAUCGGAUUUUUACACGAUUAAUCGGGUAAAGACAUGGACACAUUCUGCUGAUUUUUCAUUUAACCACUUAAGUUUUUUUAAACAAUAUUAGAAAUACAAUAAAACACGAUGUCCAAACUAUGUGCUGGGGACCAUUUGGGGCCCUUGAAAUGCUUGUGUUUGGCCCCUGAUCACAAUCAAGAAUGGUGAAAACAAACAAAACAGAAAACAAUUGAUAUUCUUUUUUUUUUUUUUACUGUUGAGCUGGUAAACAAAAAAAAAAAUCGCAGUUAACAAAUUUUUUGCAUUUUUAAUUUAAUAAAUUUUGUGGCCCUCCAGUAGUUUAAAUUUGUCAGGGCAAGAACUUUGGACCAAUGCUUUAAAAAAUGCAAAUAAUCAAUUCAACUAAAUAUUUAAAGAAGAAAUUAAAUAUUUUAUUGCCUAAAAAGUGAUAAUAUAGCAGUUCUUUUGUGAAUUAUUGAUCAGUUGUAGCAAAAGAUGCAUCUGCAGCUAAAAACAAUACAUGUGAAAAUCCCAGCCUUUUCUGCUUCACUUUACAUCAGUAGGACUCAUCUGUUGAUUAAUUUUUGUUUUAAAUGAUUAACAUUUGUAUUUUUACAGAAUUUGAACCAGGUCAAGCUAAAACCGCCACUUGACAAACGCGUGUUUUAGUUUCUUAAAUAUUUUUUGGUACAGUUUAGGUUUAAUUACGGCCUUGAAUAUAUUCUUCUUUCAGUACUUGGACGUUUUUUUUUUUAUCUUCAGUUAGCGAUUAAUCAAUUUCCAAGUUAAUUGCCGAUUAUUUAAAUCGAUUAAUCGCAAUUAAUCGUUUCAGCCCUCACCAGGAAAAUCACAGACACCUGGAAAUACUGGUUUCCCCAUUUGAUUUCUUUGAAAUAAGUGAAUAUAUCAUGACAUUUUACUGUGUUUUGUAUCAUUUGAUGAAAAGAUUAUCUGGGAAAAUAUAUAUUUUAAUAACUUUAAUAAGGUCCAUGUACCGUACUCUGGCCCAGGCUGCAAAACCAAAUUCAUCGACCUAAAAUAAAAUUUAGUAAUAUUCCUACAAUAAUAAAACAUUAAUAGUUUGACAUGAUACUGUUUUGAUGGAUUAGUUUAUAUAAAAAAUAAUACGUAUUAAUGUAAUUAUGCUUUGUCAGAAUAUUUAUGCUGUCUCUUAGAUUUUGGAAAUGGAUUUCUCAAAUGUAAACAAGAAGGUUUGAAGAAUAUUAAAGUCUUGAUCAGCUUGGUUAAA